AUGGAAGAACCUAAGAGAAAAGUGUCGGAGGACAGUGUUCUUAAUGGAUUUUCUAAUGUUUCUUCUCCUCCUACCUUUUGGAAAUCUAGGAGAAGGCCAGUUAGCAAGAAGAAUUUAGAUAAACCAACCGAAAAUAGCACCCCUGAAGUACAGAACACAAAGGAAGAAAAAGAAGCCACCCCUGAAGCUGAAGCUGUGCAGGAAGAUUCAAACCCCACUCCUCCUGUUCUUUCGGAGAAAAGGAAGGCACUCUUUGAACCUCUGGAACCAAUAACGAAUAUAAUUGGCCGUCGAACUUCUGCUGAUCUGUUAUUGCCUCCUCCAGAUUUUGAUGCAGCAUGUUAUCCAAAAGGCUGGCUUAUUGGAAAGAAAAGGAAGUUAGUGAAUGUUGAUGUUGUGGAAAGUAUGCGAAGGAUUGCCGUGCAGGAAAUGAACCGAAAGGACAGGGAAAUUGAUGGUUUAAAUGAGCAAUUGGAAGAGGAUGCUCGGUGCCUUGAGCACCUACAAGUCCAGCUGCUCGAGGAACGAAGCAAGCGUGCAGAUGUUGAGCGUCAAAACGCAAUGUUGCAGAACCAAAUCAAUAUGCUCAUGGACAUGUUACAAGAGAACGACAAUGUAGAAGAUGAUGACGGGGGUGCAGAGGAGCCCUGA